UUUGGGGUGGAGAUCCCCUUUAAUCAUUAGCAGAUAUGUAUAUACCAAGAGUAUCUGUUAUACUUGAUUACAAGUGCUUUGUACUACAAACCCCUCCAAAAAGUCUCAGUGACGCUCACAGCCCAUAGUAGACCAACCCCUCCCCUUUAUUAUAGAAAUAAUCAGUGAAUUUUAUAUAUUUGCAUAUUUUAGUAUAUAAAUUCAUUUAUAGAAAGUAAGUUAAAGGCUUAUUUAUAGCAAUUUAGUGACCUGAGUCUGUAGAGAUGUAAUGCUUAAAAAAAAAUCUGAGGCAUCAUAAACCAAACACUUGAGGACAAUUUCUGCAGAAUUUAUUCCCCCCCCCCCUUCCCUUGAUGGUUUCACCCUCAUGCAGCUUUGGCGUCUUAACUGGAAUUUACUUUAGGAAUGUGCCAAAUGAGGAGGGGGGUGGUUAAACCCCACUGUUUGUUCAAAGGCCUAUACAAUGAAGACUCUCCCAGCCCUAAGGGUCAAACAUAGAGACCGAUGGGAGCGCGCCAAGGAGCAGCUCCAUUCACUAUCAAUGGGCGCGUUUGUAUUUAUAGGCGGCGCAAAGAAAACGAAAUUGUAUAACGAGCGCGGGUGUUUGGAGCAACUAGAAAAGGCGGGUCCUGAAUUAAAAGAAUACAAAAACACCACAAUAGAUUUGUAUUAUUAGUCACCGACAAUCUCCCCGCCCUCACUCCUCUUCAUUUAAAGGCUUUGUCCCGCGUCGCGAAGUGAUUGGCUGCAUCGGGGCACCCUGCCCCUCCAAGGCGCGGGAAUAGAAUUCGCGUUUCAAUUGGCCGGGUCUUUGUACCGCCCCAUAACACGGCGCUGCGCGCUGAUUGGUUCAGCUAUAGAAAAAAAAAAAAAAGAUACAUUCUCUAGUCGUCCUGCCCACACGUGGAGCUCGUUGUUCUACCGGCCGGCGAGUCACGUUGUGUUGUGGGAGAUCGAUCGCACGCGGAUUUUCUUUUGCUAUCGCCGUGAAUCGGGAGCAUGCUGCUUGCUACUCACAGCCGUUUCCCGGAGCCGCUCCAGUGUUAUUAUCAUUCUCCUGCGGCUCCAUCGUCCGUCUUUUCAGCGGCUGCAGAUCAGGAGUCUCUGUGUGAAGUGAAAGAACCUUUUGAAAAUUGCUACCAAGUUGGUCCUGUCAUUGGUACCGGGGGAUUCGGUACGGUCUACUCUGGUGUUCGGAUCUCCGAUAAACUACCUGUCGCAAUCAAGCAUGUAUCUAGGGAUCGUAUCGGAGAGAUGAAGCAUAUGAACGGAACAUUGGUUCCCCUUGAAAUAUAUCUUCUCAAGAAAGUGUCAAGCGGCUGCCGCGGCGUCAUCCGGCUGCUGGACUGGUACGAGAGACCGGACGGCUUCAUCAUCAUCAUGGAACGGCCAGAGCCUGUUCAGGAUUUGUUUGACUUCAUCACAGAAAGGGGAGCUUUGGGAGAAGAACUAGCCGCCAAUUUCUUCCGGCAAGUGGUGGAAGCCGUGCGACACUGCCACUCUUGCGAUGUUGUCCACCGUGACAUCAAAGAUGAGAAUAUCUUGGUGGAUCUCAGGACGGCUGAGCUGAAGCUGAUAGACUUUGGGUCCGGUGCUCUUCUCCGGGAUGCUGUGUACACAGACUUUGACGGUACACGCGUUUACAGCCCUCCAGAGUGGAUCAGGUUCCAUAAGUACCACGGAAAGUCUGCCACAGUGUGGUCCCUGGGCAUUUUGCUUUAUGACAUGGUCUGCGGAGACAUACCCUUUGAACAUGACGAUGAAAUCCUGAAGGGCAAGAUCCAGUAUCGCUGCAGGGUGUCUAGAGAGUGCCAACAUUUAAUCGAGUGGUGUUUAUCCAAGAGACCCUCAGACAGACCAUCAUUGGAACAAGUCCUGGCUCAUCCCUGGAUGUCCCAAGAUAAAUUCCUUGACAAAAAAGAGAACGGCAAAGUGUCACGAAAGCUUGACCAAGAGGCCACCACCACAAGCAAGGACAGUCUCUGAUCACCUAAAGAGACACUCCCUGAGUGAAACGGGAUGGAUCUGAGAUGCAGUCCCUUAAAAAGGAUGGGCUGGCGUGGAUCUGUGCACCCAGUCUGCAAGCUGGGAUUCCCAGAGGGACAGAAGGAGCUGUCCCACCAGAGCGAGAUACCUCAUGGGAUCCCAGAAAGGGACUUCUGCCUAGACAUAUGGUGACCUCAGACUGUGAUACUUUCCAUUAGAGGCUCCUCCUCCUUUCUUAAAGAUGGACUCUGAAGGUGUGAGGAGAUGAGAGGUUUGGGGCCCUAUGUGGCCCUUGUCAGGGUUGAAAGAGCAAUCAUACAAUGCAUUUUGCUUAACUACUUAUACCUGUAACAUCAUGGGGUUUUUUUAAUCUGCCGACGGUGCAGGUUUUCUUUUAAAUUUUUUUUUUUUUUUUUUUUAACCAUCCCUAAAGUAUUUGCUCAUUUUGAUUGUGCAUUUACCUCCAAUAGACAUUGGAGGGGGGGUAGUUGAUUUCUCUGUUGGCGAAAGCUAUCCGCUAGUAACCCCACCAUCCUACAGAGAAAACCAAUAGAUAUAUUCUUUAUAUUGAUAUUUUGGCACUUCCUGCUUAUUGCGGAAGCUGCCAUUUACGACCCCCAAGUUAAUACCGGCUUCGAUAAUAACCUUGAAUGCACCUUUCAAAAUCACUGGGGUGAUGUGGAAAAUUGCAAGUUUUGCGCUGCCGUUGCCCUCGCUAGAUUUAGAGCCAGUUCUGAUGAGAGGGAAAGAGAGCAGUCAUUGGCUUUGGGAGUGCGCAGAACUUGUUUCAAUUUUAUUUUUUUCAUAUCCAUUGUGCAGUAUGGAGAGACUCCUCUGCACCAGUUCUACUGGGCUGGAAAUGUCUUAACAAGCAGUGAAACAUACAAUGCUGAACACAAUCUUAUUGUGGAGUUGCAAUUCUUUUUUUUUUUUUCUUGUGUGUGUGUAUUAACUCUCCGUGUGCAACCUUGCUGCUCGUGAGGGUUAAUUUAACUCUUCCUCAGGGAAUCGUAUGCCUGACAGGUUUUACUGGCUAAACCUGACUUUUCCUAGUCUUGUCAGGGAAUCGAUGACUCUUCC